GCCCCCCCUCCCCAGCCCCGCAGAAGCACGCAGCUCGCGGGUGGGUGGGUCUCGGGGGACCUUCGAGGUCUCAGGACGACCGUGGUCCUGGGUUAGGGUCCCUGUGGACCCGACUCUGACUCCCACUCCCCGCGCAGCGCUUUCUAGGUCAUCAGGGUCUCGGGGCCGGGGAGUAGACUCAACCUCGCCGCACGGGAACAAGCACGGGCCGGGCCGAGCUUGUCGGGUCCCAGGCACCGUGACGGAGCGUCCCGGCCGGGCGGCGUGGCGCGUGGCCCCGGGCGGGCGCGGGCGCGCGUGUGCGUGUGCGGCGGCGCAGGCGCGCUCUCUCUUCCCGGUUGCAGCCCGCGCGCGGCUCCGGCUCGGAGUCGCGGGCGGCACCGUCGCUUCGCGGCCGGAGCGGGCCGGACCGGGCCGGGCCGGGCCGGGCCGCGCCAGGCCAAGGCGGCGCCCACGAUGCGGGGGUCCGCGCGCGGCCGCCGGCGCUGACGCCCGGAGGAUGUCCGCUUCGCCAGCCGCGCGCGGAGCCCCGGUGAAGGAGCAGAUCAGGGCCAUCGUGCAGGACCUGGAGCUGGUGCUGGGCGACCUGAAGGACGUGGCCCGGGAGCUUAAGGAGGUCGUUGACCAGAUCGAUACGCUGACCUCUGACCUACAGCUGGAAGAUGAGCUGACUGACAGCUCCAAGACGGACACCCUGAACAGCAGCUCCAGUGGCACGGCCUCCAGCAUGGAGAAGAUCCGGGAGCCACUCAGCAGAGCCCUGGUGCAGCCCUCAGCUGUGCUCACAGUCCUGAGAAAGCCGCACCCCCCAGCACCACCACCACGGCUGACCCCCAUGAAAAGCGAUGACCCUCGUAGGGUAGCGCCUACCACCCACCAUGGGAGGACCAAUGGCACCCUGCUUCAUGGUGGGGGCCUUCCAGGGGGCCCCAGCCUGAUCCCCAACGGAGACCUCCUCUGCACCCCCGGGGUUGACAUGGACGAGACCCAGGUGCAGACUCUGACUCACAGACCUGAAAAAGACGGGUGUCCCCCCAUGGGACCUCGAGAACGGGUGCGGUUUAAUGAGAAAGUGCAAUACCACGGCUACUGCCCUGACUGUGAUAACCGGUGUAAUGCGCGACACAGGGAGGUCCGCCUGCAUGGGGAGCCUGUGCCCCUGCCGCCCGGAAAGGCACUACGCCGAGGGCCACCGCCCCCACCUCCCCGGCCUCCUCCUUUCCCGCUGGAAAACGGGGGGCUGGGAGGAAGCCCCAGCCACAGCCACCCUCCUCUCAGACCUGCAACUGUGCCUCCUCCCGCUGCACCCAGACCGCAGAGGACCAUUCUGAGGAAGUCAACCACUACGACAGUGUGACGUAUGCAAUUUUACAAACUUCUUGAUUUUUAAGAGAUUUCUAUAUCAUAAGCAUUAAAUAAUAAGUAAUGAGCACUUUCUACUCAAGCAAUAAAAAGCUCAAAUAUAUUAAUCCUGCAUUCAACAAAGUGUCAUAAAACCACCCGGUAAGUAUGCAGUGCACUGCUCAUGUCCUGGGUUUACACUAUUUUAAAUGUUAAUUAAUCCAAACUGCAGAAUAAUGAAACAGUAUAAAUGUGUUGUUUUUGCAAUUUCAUUAUGACAAAAUGUGACCUUUUAAAUUUCAAAUAUUUUGAUUUAUUAAAUACCCAGGGUGAUUCAUUUGAUUCAUGACUAAUUCAUCUAUGCAUUAAUAACAUUUCAUACUCUUAACUUUGAUCUGAUGCUUUUUAAGAAGGAAUUUAAAAAAUGAAGGACUAUUUUAUUAUUUUUCUAAAGAUAUUUGUCACUAGUUUUGCAUUCGAAAAUGAUAUCAGAAAGUUUAUUUUCUAUACUAUACGAUUAUGUUCAGCUAUAUAUGUAAUAAAAUUUACUGGUUGUGGAAACAUCAUUAUGUCAAUAAAUAACAAAUAAUGAUAAGACCAAAUGUUCCUCAGAAUUCAAAUGAAGGACUGGUUUGUUGAAUCUCAUCACAAUAUUUAUUGAAAUGGGUAGCAACUGUUUUGAGAAGAUCUCAGUAAGUGUAUGUCAGAAUUUUCUAAAUUACAGAUUACAAUCCACCCAUAAAUACACCUUUUAUAUGUGCAUAUUACAUACCACCACGACGCUACUUCAAGGAUCAGUCUUUAAGCUUCAGUCAUCGUUGAGCGCUGUGAUUCUCCAGCCCUUCCCAUUCAUCCAUGACGCACUGGAAACGAGCACAUUGAAUCUGUGGGGGAAAAUUGCCUGCUGUGCGAACAAACUCUGCCUCCAUCAGAGAACUCAUGUUUAUAGGAGAAUUUAAAAAGAAAAUAUAAAUAUUUCUGGUAACAGGGUAUGUUCUGCAUAAGCCUUGAGCUUGUUUUCUUCAGGGGUGAGUGGUGGUACAGUUCUUUGUUGUUCCAUAGAAGAGAGUGGGAAUCUUUUCCUUCUGUCACCAAAUAACAGUCUUCAUCCUCAUUUGCCAGCUGAGGAAAUUUAUUAACUUUAUGGUUAAGCUGGGCUUUGGACUGAUGAAAUGUUUUGCCCCAGGACUGGAAAUGAAUUCAUCUCCCUACAGUGGCGGUGAGGAAAGGUAUCUGAAAAACUGUGGUCCAUUACAUGGUAAGAGUAGAGGAUCACCUGAUGGAAAAUUUGUUUGUUGUGUGAAUUGGAGUAUGCAGUGACUCUUGGUUUCAAAACUAAAUAUCACUGCCCCAGAAUGGCAGUCGCCAAUAAUUUCUUUGUUGACUCUUCCAGGUUGUACCCUUGUAAUUUGUAACAUUGUUUUUAAACCAGUUUCUAUUAAAAUAUGAUAAUUAUUUUGGGCAGGACGCAAAAGUGAAAUAGAUUUUUAUUUUUCAAGGCAUGAUCAAAUUAGUAAAAACCAAUAAAUGAUUGACUUACUGAAUAUCAAAAUAAUGUGUUAACAUUUACUACAUAUAUAAAUAAACCCAGGAGUCAUCAUCUUUCUGUAUUUAAAUAAUUCCCUUAAAAUAUGCACCAGAUAUCAAGAAUAUAAAUAGUUAUAGACACAAUUUCCUUCCCUUCACCUGUCUUCUUUCUUUAACUUGUCACUGUGACCUAAAAAUCAGUAUAUUUUUUGAGACCAUGCCUCUUAUAGAUACAGAUUCUGCCAGAUCUCAAAGUAGAACUUCCUUGAAAUCACAGAUCAAACACAGAGCAAAAAUUUGCUUGAAAUACAAUAAGUUGAAUAAAUUGAAUCAUUCAGGCUGGUUGAAAAAGGACACUGAGCCAGAUGUGUAGAAAAGGCUUCAAAAGUUCAAAUCUAUCUCUUGAAAUACAAAGUAUCUUGAUAAAAAACCAUGUUUUUCUGAUUGAUUCAUGACUUAUGCCAAAAUUACACCUAUUUCUUCAUUCAACACAUUUAUAACUAACCAUUGAUCUAGAAAGCUAAGUCUCAAUCCAAAAAUGUUGCAGUUAUUGACUUUAUUUUCCUGUUAUAGUUUAUUUAUCUAUAAUCAAUAAAUGUUAGGUUACAACAGUAUUGAUCUUCCUUUUGAGUUCUUUAUUCUAGAUUAUUUGUUUUCAUUCAUAUAUAGACUAUAGUCCACCAAUAAUAUACUCAUUUUCCCAAUUCGUAAUUUUGCAGCAUGCUCUGAGAUUGAAGUUUUCUUUGGUUUUGGUUUUUGUUUUAGUGAUAUUAGAGAUUGACCUUCUCACUGAGUUCUAGCCUUAACCUUUUAUUAUUAUUACUGUUUUGUUUUGUUUUUAACUUCUGAGAGAGUGUCUUGCUAAAUUGCUUCAUCUGGUUUCAGACUUGUAAUCAUCUUUUCUCAAACUACCAAGAGAUUACAGGCAUAUGCUACACAGCCCAGCAGUUUACACUUUUUGUUAUCAAUAAACACUGCUUUCAAUAUUUAAAUUUUAAACUACAAGCCCUGCAUAUAGUACAGUAAAUCACCAUAAAAUGUAUCUUUCCUUUUCCUAAUGAUUUUAAAUAGAAAUGCUUUCCUCAGAUUACUUAGUAGGACUUUUUUUCUAGCACAUGCAUUUGAACAUUUGUGUUUAUACAUAGUAUGCACCAUAGACUUUGUAGCCAUCCUCCUUUGUAGGUGACAUUUCUGCAAAAUGUAAAAUAGCAAAAUAAUAUCCAUUGAAUGGGUAAAAAUAGAAUGUAUUUCAGUAGACUGAAUGCUUUUUAAAUUUGAGUGAGGAAAUUAUUUAUCUUCCUAGUUUACACAAUGAUUUUUCCAAUUUGAGGACAUUCUUGUGUGUCUACUGAUGUACUAUAAAAAGAAAAUAAAAAAUAAUGGAAGCUCUCAUCCAACUUCAGUAAGUUCUGAAGGAAAAUAAAAUGAAUACUUUAGGUUAUGCUUAAGCUAAUUAUUAAAAGACCUUCACAUAAAAUGCAAAGAUAUGGAUAAAAGAGAAAUUCCCCACUUUUCCAAUUUCACAACCCUCUCAUUAGUGUUCAGUAACACUCUAGGAAAAAUGAACCCAUUAGAAGGAGUUCAAUCUAAAAAUCUUACUUGAAAUAUAACUGCAUAAUUAUUUUAUGAACAAAAACAAGGAAAAGUACUACAUGGCUUUCUUUGGGUAAAUCAGUACUUGUAUUUUAGCAUCACCACAGAGCUACAGCUAUACCACCUCUGGAUUUAUGUAUGAUCUUUUAUCUAUAGAUUCUAAAGAAGAAACAAUAGCUGUUUUUUGGUGUUCCAUGAAGAAAAAUCUUAGAAGAUCUAUGUAUAAUUGUACUGAGUAUACUAAAUCAAGCCUUCAAUCUCUGUUGAACGAUGGGGGUGGGGGGCAUUGAAUGAAUGUAAUAUAAGGCUUAUUCAAAGGAUUUAUUUUCUUCUCCUAAUUCUUUUAUUAGUAGUGUACUUUCCCAAAAUAUAUACUCAAAAUUGUAUCACAAGAUUACAUUGCAAUAUAUUUUGAUAAAAUAACUUAUGUUUUAUAAACGAGAGAAUAAUUUAUGAAAAAUAAAAUUAUUUUAAAAGCUA